GGGUGCCAUGUCUCUGCUGUGGAUCUUACUCUUCAUCUCUUUCCAAAAGGUGUAUCUGCAGGAGCUGGAAUUGGACUAUUAUGAUGAGAUGUACGAGGAGCCUCAACCUGUGAACUGCUCCACCACAGAGACCAUCAAAGGUGGACGUGUCACCUACUCACAGGGAGGGCUGCCGGGCAGUGUGCUAACCUACCACUGUGAGCCUGGACACUACCCUUUCCCUGUCAGCCACAGGAGUUGCAGCGCUGAUGGGGAAUGGACAAUCAUGAGAUCAGCCAAUGGCAGACGGCUGUCGCAGGCCACCUGUAAAGAGCUAUUGUGUCCCGGCCAGCUCCAGCUGGAUCAUGGGGAGAUCUGGCCCAGGGAUCAGUGGUUCCGUCCAGGGAGCAACCAGAGUUUCUCCUGUCAGGAAGGGUUCACCCUGUCCGGGUCAGCACAGAGGAACUGCACCCUCUCUGGGGAGUGGACAGGAAACACUCCUGCAUGUGACAACCAUGCUGAUGACUGUCAGGACCCAGGGGUUCCCCCAGGGGCCCAGAGGACAGCGGGCCGGUUUCAAACAGGAGACAAGGUGAACUACAGGUGUCAGUCCGGUCUGGACCUACUGGGAUCAGCUGAGAGGGUUUGCCUGGAGAACAGGGAGUGGAGUGGCACGGCACCACGAUGCCAGGGCCCACAUACCUUUGACUCGCCCAGUGUUGUGGCUGCAGCCAUGUCGGGGUCUCUCUCUGGGGUCAUGGAUGUGCUGUCAUCUCAGGAGUUCAAACAGAAGCAAUCUUUUGGUCGAACCAUCCGUGUGGCUAAAGGCAGCCGCUUGAACAUCUAUAUUUUACUGGAUUCAUCAGGCAGCAUCUCCAAGGAAGAUUUUGAAAGUGCCAAGAUUGCCACUAUUAAACUCAUCAAGAAGUUGGACAGCUAUGAGGUGCAGAUGAAGUUCCAUGUGAUGUCGUUUGCCAGCCAAGCUAUAGACAUCGUGGACAUCAAUGAUAGAUACGCAAGCAGCAACGUUGACUAUAUCAUAUGGAGUCUGAAGGAUUUUGACUACAAGAGUCACGGCCGUCAGACAGGCACCAACCUCCAUGCUGCAUUGCACAGAGUCAAUGAGAAGAUAGCUUUCUUUAAGCAAAACAGCAAGGAGCACCAUUUUAACGAGACUCAGAACAUUAUCAUCAUACAAACAGACGGUUACUCCAACACCGGCACCAGCCCUCAGAUUGCCUUGGCCCAUAUUCGGAAACAUCUGGGCUACAGCCCCACAGCCAAGGACCACACUGGGGAGACACUGCUGGAUAUCUAUGUAUUUGGAGUUGGGGAUCAACUGAACAAAGCAGAGCUGAAUGCCAUUGCCUCAAAAAAGGCUGGUGAGAAGCAUCUCUUCAUUCUGAAAGACUACGAAAUACUAGGAGAGGUUUUCAACAGCAUGAUCAGUGACAAGAGUGUGACGAUGUGCGGGGUUGCUCGAGAGGACGAAGACUUUGUACAGGAUAAAGAUUUAGUGUACACCAGACCCUGGCUUGUCACUGUGUUUGAAGGUGCAGCUCGAAAGUGUUUUGGAUCCAUCAUAAGCCAGAACUGGGUACUGACGGCCGCUCACUGCUUUGCCAGAUCGAGUUCACAGAAUAUCAUCCAGACGAUUGAAGUAGAAUAUGGUGAGGGUAAGGUGGCCGCCAAGAACGUGGCCAUACACCCUGAGUACAACGUCAGGAAACUAAACCAUAGAAAUGUGUCAGAGUUCUACGACUACGAUAUAGCUCUGGUGCAGCUGAACAGGAGCAUCCCCCUCUCCUGGAGUGCGAGACCUAUCUGCUUGCCAUGCACCGUGCCAGCCAGCCGAGCAUUGAAGAAAAUCAACUCCACCUGCGAGGAGCACAGAAAAGAGCUACUAUCACACAAACAAACGGCUGCCUUCUUCUUCCAUAAGAGCAACAGUAAGGGCUCUGCACGCAAAGAAACACAUAUUCACACCCAAGAUCAGAGGCCAGGGUGUGUGGCAAAGGCGAUGCUGACGCUGACAAAGCCCACGAAUGUGACUGUGGACGAGUAUGUGACUGAGCGGUUCCUCUGCACCGGAGGCUCUGAAGGAUAUCAGGACUCUAUUGCCUGCCCAGGUGACUCUGGUGGUUCUCUCUUCCUUCAAAAGAGGAUGCGCUACUUUCAGGUGGGAGUGCUGGCCUGGGGCACCACAGACCCCUGUAAACACCCUGGAUCCAGACCAGGGCCCACCGCUCGCGACUUCUACAUCAGCCUGUUCAGAGUCGUGCCGUGGCUGAAAGAGCAUCUGGGUCAGGAGAUUCAGUUCCUGGACAACUGAGACAGCGUUGUAGACUGCGCCACAACAAUUAAAAAAAAAUAAUCCUAGGUAUUUGCUUUCCUGAUGUAUGGUGGAAAUAAUCACUGCCAGUCAUAGUCAAUAUUUUAAAACUGUACUCCAAGGUUUUAUUGUUCAGUGGAAUAGGAGUAGGUCACAGCACUGAGAGCUGUAGCUGCAGUGCUGUUUAAUCACUUGCAGAGGAAGUCUUUUUGUUAUCAAAUCAUACACAACAUAAGAAAAUACUUGUUCCUA